AUGGCGAUGGAAACACAACAAACCCAUCUCUUGGAGGUGAUGCAGACCGAGAUUCUAGCGAGACUGCCCUUGAAAACCAUCUCCAGAUUCAAAUCAGUGAGCAAGAAAUGGAAAUCAACACUCGAGUCACCUUAUUUCCGCCGUCUCUUUCUGUCUCUGCACCGAGACUCCUCUUCUUCAUCAUCGUGGUCGCUCUUGCACGGAGCAGACGAACUCAUAGGCUUCCACGGAUGCAAAACAUGGGAUCUUCCCAAAUCUCCAGCUUCACUCAUCCCACACUCUUUCAAACGUUAUCUUUGCGGUGACUGCGACUAUGUCGACUCUUCGGGUGGUUUGGUUCUGCUCACAGACGGCGCUGAUAAAUCUUACUGCUACGUCGGCAACCCAGUUUCUCAGCAAUGGGUCGAAAUCCCUCCACCUCCAUCUGAUCCGACAGGUGGUAAUACUUAUGUGUUUGGUUUGGUGACUCGCUUAGAAGAGGACGGUGUCGUUUUAACCUUUAAAGUGGUUAGGAUAGCUUCUUACCAAACGACAAAUGAUCAUCUCUCCAGUGUCUUGAGUGUGUUUGUGUAUUCCUCUGAGACAGGGAUCUCGACUUCUAAAGUAAUUCACUCUCCUCAUCAAAUCGGCAACAUGUCUAAAAUCAACCUGAAUGGUACGAUGUACUUUGGUUGUCUCGGUGUGCCUGGAAUACUCUUAGCUCAUGAUUUCUAUUCUGAAUCCGAUCAGUUCCGGGUUGUGCAAUUACCGGACUACCCUGAUUACAACAAGGACUACAAACGAACGUUAACACCAUCAGGAGGCUUUGUCGUGUAUGUCAGAACACUAGCAAAACAUGACGAAACUGUUUUGAAGAUUUGGAGGCUGAAUAAUGAUGAUGAUACUUGGCAAAUUUUGUGGGAAGUCGGCUUCCCAAUUAUCGGUAAUUAUGCACCAAUGGCAAUGCAUCCAUUUGAUAUGGGUACGGUCUAUCUAUGGAGUCAACGGGAUUACCAUUGGGUAUCGUGUAACUUGAGGAAACGAGACUACACAAUCCUUGGUGAUGCAUCUGAUGAUGGUUGUUUCAUUGACGUUUCUGUUUGUAAGAAGAGUGUGGAUGAGAUAUGGGAUCCAAGAUCACUUACAGAUUUAGACGAAGAAGACUUAGACUUUAGAGUUUGUAUCUGGUUUUGCCCAUUCGUGAUCCCACGGUGGAUGGCAUCGGUGCCUCGUCCUCCCCAAACUGAGAUGAUAGAUACGACUUCACUACUUUCCUACGCUACUGCAACACAUGAAGCAAGGAUGGAGGAUAUGAGAAAUGACGAGUACUUUUGGAUGGAGGUCGAGAGUGGUCGGAUCUGA